UGCAGAACAUGGAUGCAGAAUAUGGCAAUAGGUUUACCGAAGGAUUUCCCCUAGCGAUGGCAGCCGAUUAUGAUUUCUUCUAGUUUAUCCAAAUAACAGAAUCUUUAUGGGAUGAGCCAAGUCAAUAAAGAACCAGUCUCGCGACUGGAAGGUUUUAUUUGUCCUGAUUGCUUAGUUGACUUCGCGAGCGCCUCUCAAGUCCAUGAACACUGGGUCAACUUUCACUCGACUACCAGCCGGGACAAGCCAAAUUCUGCUCCAAAUGUUACAAAGGUUCAACGAGCAGAAGCAAUUCAACAUAAUUUCAAGGCUAGAUUAUUUGAGCUCCCUAAAAAAUGUGGUGUUUGCCAAGAGGUAAUAGAAAACAAAGGUUUAUUCUGUGAUGGUUGUAAUUCCGUCUGCCACAAAAAGUGUGAAACAAUGGUUAAAGCAAGCUGUGUAAAGCCUUUGGCAAUUCCUUCUAAUUCCACUCACCUACAAAUAGAUAAUAAGAGUGAUAAAUACAUGGGCUAUCGUCUUCCAAAAGGCCAACAAUCUCCUGGUACUCCCAGAGGAAUUGUCAAGCAUCUUCGUCACAUUGUAUCAAAGGGUAGAGUACGUCAUGUUGACAAGCAGUUUGAUCUGGAUCUCACCUACAUCAAUGAUAGAGUCAUUGCUAUGUCUUUUCCCGCCACUGGGCUGGAAACAACUUACAGGAAUAACUUACGAGAUGUGGCUAAGCUAUUACAAACAAACCAUCAAGAUAAAUAUAUGGUAUUUAAUCUAUCGGAAAGACGAUAUGAUAUCUCGAAACUUAACAAUCAGGUGCUUGAUUUUGGCUGGCCAGAUCACUUAGCACCACCCCUAGAAAGACUAUAUAGUAUAAUUAAAUCUAUUGACUCGUGGCUGAAAACCGAUCCUCAACAUGUCGUUGUUGUACAUUGUAAAGGCGGUAAAGGAAGGACCGGUGUUGUUAUAUCAGCUUACAUGCAUUUCAGCAAAGUCUGCUCAAGUCCUGAAGCAGCUCUUGACUGGUUUGCUAUGAAAAGAUUUUACGAUGAUAAACUUGGAGGCGUCACACAGCCUUCUCAAAGAAGAUAUGUACAUUACUUUAGCGAUUAUCUCGAUGGGAAAAUAAAACUAAGUUCUGAUCCUAUAUUUCUUCACCAUGUUAUCGUACAUGGAAUACCAAACUUCGAUGGAAAAGAAGGUUGUAAGCCUUUUCUUCGCGUCUACGGAGGGUUGAAACUCAUCUACACGUCUGGCGUAUUCUAUGUAACCCAGGACAUGGAACGUAUCUGUAUUACGAUUGAAGGAGGUCUUAUAUUACAUGGCGAUGUCAUGAUUAAGUGUUUUCACAAGAAUACCUUAUCAUCUGGUGGUGACAUCAUAUUUAGGUGUCAAUUUCAUACUGGUGCCAUCAAAGACUACAGCUUAGUACUGGACAAGUCAGAACUAGAUGAGGCAUAUAGAGAUAAACGUUUUGCAGAUAAUUGCAAAGUAGAAUUCGUUUUCUCUUCGAAAGGAAAUUUUGUAGCAGAAAUCAAAAAUAAUGCCCGUCUUCAAUCAAUUAUAAGGAAUUCUUUACAACCGGUGGAGAACCCAGACACCGUGUUGAUGAUUCCUUCAGAAGACUGCCAAGACGAGGAAGAAUGGGGAAACAGUGGAGCGAGUUCUUCAAGCAACCAACAAGAAAUGUCAGACACACAACAAGAACCUUUGAAUUCAAAGCUCAAUUCAGAGGAAAGCAAGAUAGGAUACAGUGGACAUUCAAGCAGCUUUUCUGGUCCAUCAUCGUACAUACCAGGACCACUUGAUGGCAGCUUGUAUGCCCAAGUCGACAAGAAACUUAAAAAGCAGAUUCGUUCUUACAGCUUAGACAGUGGCAUUCACUCAAGGACGUCAAACGGUGUGGAACUACUUGAUGGAAAUGCUGUCCUAAAUAAAGGCUAUGAACCAAAACACGAUCCACGUAUCCCUCAAGAAACAGCCACUCUGAACAGAUAUCAAUACAACAGAAAUUCCAACAAGCUGAAUUCCAACGGAGACGUCGCCAUGGAACAGGAUUUUGGCGGGAAUAUUCAAUCAAUCGAUAAACUUUUAAAAGAGCUUGGAGAGUGCUCUGAUCUUUUAGAUAGUACUAUACAACAAGGAAAAAACAAGUCGACACCGUUAACGUUUGAAGAGCUAUCCUCUGCACCGAUACAGAGUGCUAAGCCAGAAACCACUAAAAGUCUAAAUCCACCAACACCUCUGAGGAGGACUGCAAGCUACGGUGCGACGGAGAAGUACCACGAGCGACAUGCAGUGCCGGCAAAAGUGGCGAGAACGCAGUCAAAUAACCAGAAUGGACUUGAUUAUUACCGUAGAAAUCCUGAACACGGGAAUAAUUGGAGCCCAAGCUCACCUCAAAAUACCAGUACACCGAAAAAGCUACAUCAAGCGCCAGCUCUAAAGACACACGAGAGGUCGUUGUCGCCGACGUUCUACGCUUCGAAAGUCGUGGUUCCUUACAAGACUAAAGUAGGCCAGUCCUACGAGGCGGGAGACGAGAAACCUGGAGUAAACGGUUACCAAGACAACGAUAUCUUGAUCGGAAAUGCUCCGGUGAUGUUUAAUGAACAUAACGGUAAGGGAGGGGUGGGUGCGGCUCGUUCGGAUAUUAACAAUAACCCACCGAAGUCUGCACAAGCACAGAAUGGCACUUUAGAAGACGAGGAACUCAGACCCGAGGAUGAGAUUCCCAAAAAGGGGACUGUAGCCGCAAAAGUUGCAUAUUUAACAGAAAUAGUUUUUCCUGCCCUGCCUCCGGCGCCGCGCAACCCGCCUCUGAAAGGCACUGUACCAAUGCCUGGCCUGGUCAGUAAGUCACCGUCUGAUAUCUCUGACGAGAUUUCUAAGCACAAUGCAAAGUCUCUUGCUGUCGGGGAACUAAGUCAUAGCUCAAAUACAUUAUAUAUUGGCGGAAGACCGCAAAAGAUCUCAAAUACCAACCCUGGACCCAAGGAUAUGUCGGACAGUGAAAUGGACCCGGAGUUUGUCGGGAAACUUAGAGCCGCGAGAGACAGAUCUGACUCCAUUGAGAAUGCAGAAAUCGCGAACAAGAUGUUGGCGGAUCGUGUCACUGAUAAGGAGAGCUCUGAUGAAGGCGUUAGUUCAAAAGCAGACACCGAAGAAAGCGAGACAGCUGGAAGUGCACCAGUAUUUGUUCAUAACGCGCCAAGAGAAUUUACGAUCGGCCAACCAAUCACCUUCACCAUACCGGCUGAGAAAAGCCAAGAACCAGCCCAAGGUGAAAAGACCCUGGACUCGACCACGGGCCUGUUGCGUGAAGGCCGAAAGGAUGAGGAUGAUGGUUAUGCUCACGUGGAGGACAUACAGGCAGCGAAACAUACAGCCAGGAUGGAGGAAUCUAGACCGAGCCCGAUAGUCCUAUCUAAAGAUAUUCACAAUCAGCCAUCGAUGGUGGCAGUUUUAUCGUCUGAACCCGAUCAAGGUGCCCCUCCUGUUGAAGCUCAUGCUAUCGAUGGGAUUCUAUCAGAGAUGGCAGACAUGGAGCUUGAGAUGCCAAGAGGGGACGAUAUUCCAGGUGAUAACACAGGUAGACCAGCCACUCCUCAAACUCCUUCAUCAUCUGUGUCUGGACCCUUCGAUAACACCCCAAGGAAAAAGAGAUCCCCAUAUCACUCAGAUAAGGGAUAUGGAUCAACGUAUAGCCUGUCUUCUGAGGACUCGUCUAAUGAGGUGUUUAUGGACAGCCCGCCCGCUCAUGGAGUCAAGUUUGAUAAAGAUAACUCACAGUUUUGGUACAAACCAAAUAUAUCCAGAGAACAAGCUAUUAAUAUACUAAGGGAUAAAGAGCCAGGAUACUUUGUUGUACGAGACAGUCAGUCGUUUCCUGGUGCUUAUGGUUUAGCGGUUAAAGUGGCGGUUCCUCCACCUCACGUGCUUCAAGGAGAUCUGACUAAAGUUGAUUUAUCAAGCGAACUGAUUCGACACUUUUUGAUCGAAUCCACCAAGAAAGGAGUAAAACUCAAAGGAAUCACGAAUGAACCAGUAUUCGGGAGUUUGUCAGCGUUUAUUUUCCAGCAUACGAUCACUCCGCUGUCUCUACCAAUCAGACUCGUCAUACCCAGCGAAGAUCUUCUUCCAGGAACAGACCAGCCAGAUGGAAGGGUGAGCUCGUCAUCCAAGUCACCCACUACCGAUACCAUGAAACUGAUGUUCGUUGGCGAGUGUAGUGUGGAGAUGUUAUCUGGAACAUCAGCCAUCCAGAAGACAGUAGAAAGUCUACUUGCUUAUUCUGCCGAGCCGAAGUUUACUUCAGCUAGUUUUAGAGUCACGAGGGAGGGCAUUACUAUAACAGAUAACGAAAGAAAGGUUUUCUUUAGAAAACAUUUCCCCAUGAAUAACGUAUUGUACUGUGGAAUUGACCCCCUGGAUCACAGGUGGGAUCUGAAACUGUCAUCCUAUAGCGGCAAAUCAAGGACCUUCGGUCUCGUGGUGCGCAAAAUAGGAGAAAUAGGCAACGAAUGCCACUUAUUCGCCGAAAUGGACACCAACUUCCCAAUCAAUUCCGUAGUUAACAUAGUGAACAAAUUCAUAUCUUAGUUAUGUCAGAAAUAUUAAUAAGGUUAUAAUCGAGUAAUGCUCUAUGUAUACAGGUAAAUAUAAAGAAAUAUUUGAAAAUAUAUAGAAAAGAAUUACUGUUAGUAGUAAAAUAAAGGGCCAAACCCAAGGCCUUCGAAUUAUGAUACUUUUUCUAAGAAAAUGGUUAUGAUACAGAGAAAUUUAUUAGAGCUCUAAAAUUUGGAGGGAAAAAUAAAGCAGAUGUAUACAAAAAUUGUAAGUCAAAGGAAAAAAAAUUGCUUCUGUUUGGUCUGAUGAUAUUAUAUCACUAGUAUAGCACAUGUUAUGUUAAGCAACGUGUGCAGUAUAUGUAGCCUUCAAUAGCAUAGCUUGUUGAUUUUCACAUAUUACAGAUGAUAAUUGAAGUUCUCCUUUGAAGCCAUUCUUGGUGUAAAGAACGGCUGCAAAGGAGACAAAAAAAGAUAUUUGUGAAUUGAAGGUUCUGUUGCAUGUGUUGCAUACCAAGCUUGAAAUGUAUUGUGGAUGAUGUGUGUACUAAAAAAUGCCAGCACAGAAGAGAAAAUGCAGGGGGAAAUGUGAAGACAAAGUUUGGGGAAAUUCCGAGAGUCCACAUAUUGUUGUGACUUCUGGCAGAUUGCAUUCACAUUGCCUAUAGAUUGUGCAUUUCAGGCUUGGUAUGCAACUUGAGCGCAACAUACGACAAGGACUUCACACACCCUUUUUUGAAAUACCUGUAUUGAAUUGAAUUGCUCAUUGGCAUAAAAAUAGUGUGAUCUUGGUACAGCUCGUUUUUUUUGUUUUUUUGUUUUGCCUCUUGAAGGAAAAACAACCCUUCUUUCAUGUCAAUGUGGCCUUAGUCUGCAGGUAAAUUUAAAUUUGUGAAAUUUCAAUGAUAUGCUUGAUAAAACAGAAGUUUUGCCUGAACUACUGGUGCCAGGACAAUUAGCCAUUCUGAGGUUAAGGGAAAAACUGGGUUGAGUUGGCAUUGCAGUGCAUUGUGGGGCUGUUAUAGGGACGUAUUUCAAAUAAGAUGGUGACCAUUUUGUCCCCUUAAACAGUCCCAAAAUGCAUUGCAAUGCCAACUUGACCCAAUUGUUUUCCUUCAACCUGGGAUUAUGGCUAAUAGAAUCCCUUUACUCUUGGGAAUGGAAUUUUUUCUCAUCUUUAAAUAAUCAAUAACAUGGCUGCAGUCAAGUGAUCGAGCAAACCUUGAAAUAUCUAUGCCUCCCUAAAAAAGAAGGGAGCAUGUGGGGGAGUAUGAAUAUUAUAAUAUGCUGCUAAUAAUAAUUAGAUAUUAUUAGCUAAAUGUACAUUAAUAAAAUUUAUGUUCACAGGCAAAAAUAACUGCUUAGCUUUUUUUGAAAAAAAAAAAAAUCAUCCUGGUCUCAUAACACAGCAAACACUCUUCUGUUCUGUGGCAAUACCAUUUAAAAAAAACUUUCUAGCUGUAUUUUCAAGAAAUUAUCUAGAAAUUCCUGACCAAACUUUGACGAGGUAUAAAUAUCCUUUUUUAAAGUGGACUUGCCACAAGGUCUACUACCUCCAAAUAUACUCUCUAGUAAGGUAUACAUCAUAUUUAAGUGGUUUAUUGGUUCAACCAUAGUAUCAGGGUUUUCAUUAAGUUUUAAAAUAAUAGGAGAUCAUGAACUACCUGUGGAUGAAGGGAACAUUUUACAUUAUCAGUUAUAAAAUAAUGGUACAUGUAGAAUUUUGCUCAGUUACCAGAGCAUUCUCCAAUCUCUUGCCUGCAUAGCGGCACUCUAGGGAAUUUGGAAGGGAGUGCCGCUAUGCAGACUAUCCAAUCCCUGACCCUUAAUUGAAACCCUGUCAUGCAUGUAUGAUAGGUAGCAUAAGUACUCUCCCACCCCAACAUACCACUACCCUUUAGUGCAUAGCACCAAACAGGACCAUCUAGCAUUCUUCAUCCCAGGCAGAGCACAAAAUAGGCCGCUUGCAUGAUGGYGUCAUUUUACCACCUCUACCAAAAUGCUUUGCAUAUUUUCUUUCUCACUCAAAUUUGUAUUUCCUUGUGAAAAAUACUAAGACAAUAUUGGUGCUAAUUAACUGAGCAAAAGAAAGAGUGCAAGGGAGUCAGGUGAAUACCUAUUGGCAUCCCAAAAUUGAUCCUAUUCUUUUUGUAAAAUUUCACAAAUCAGAUUCUACUCUAUUCUUUAUGAGCUCACAAUCUUUUUUAGAAUUCGCCUGUCAUGGGCUAAAAAAUUCUUGGUGGUCCUGCGUUGCUUUGUAAUGAAUAAUUGUAGUUUUAAGGAGAAAAAAGACUAAGACAAGAAAUGAAAAACAUUGACUCUCAAAUUAAAAACACUUCAACUUCAA